CAUGGCUGCGCACAUGGACCACGGCAUUACUGGUUACCACGAAUUUUGCACGUAGGCUAAAUUGGCAUUUUAUAUUUCUCCGUGCAUUCUCGCAUGUAAGCCAGUUUUUAUAAGAAUUUUGGAUAUUACUUUUAUUAGAUAUUCGAGUCUGUGAAGUGAAUGACGGAGAUUCUAGUAUAAAAAAUGCUGUUCGUGUGGCGACGAGGACUUGUACAUAUAAACACUUACUUAAAACUGCGCACACAGCCUCCUUUAGAUCUGACAUUACGUGUGCUGCGACAUGCCUCUUCUAAAAAAUCUUCGAAGAUGGCGCAGAAAAAGAAUACUGCACGUCCGGAACAGAAACAGAAACAACGUGGAAAUGUGAAUAUAACAAGAAUUAAACAGAAAAAACUAAGUGAUUUAGUUAAGCCAAUAAAAGUGGAUUUUACAGCAGACCUUCAGGAGGAUGAUGUACUCGGCAAAGAGCUGGUUGGGGAAUUAAAAAAAGUUGAUAUUGUGAGGGUGCUCUCUGCUUUUGCCAAAGAUGAAAGUUUGUAUAAACUGGGAGAAGAACAAGGCUUGGAUAGGGCACUUUAUAUGCAAUCAUUUAAGAGUUUCAAAAGUUCUUUAUUGGAGGCUGAGGAACUACCUACAAGUCUUCAUGUAUUGCUUCAUGACCUGUCUCAGAAAAAUGGUCAUGUUGCAGACUUAUUCCCAUACUUCCUAGAUCAUGCAAAAGAUAUAUUUCCUCAUUUAGAGUGUCUUCAUGAGUUGAUGCACAUCAGUGACCUUAGGAAACCAACAAACUGGUAUCCUGAAGCCAGACAAAAGAAAAGGAAAAUCAUAUUUCACGCAGGACCUACAAAUAGUGGAAAGACAUAUCAGGCCUUGACACGCUUCACAACAUCUCAAUCUGGAGUUUACUGUGGGCCUCUCAAAUUGCUUGCCAAUGAAGUCUUUAAUAAAACCAACAGUUUGGGUACUUAUUGUGACUUAGUGACUGGAGAAGAGAGGAAGUAUGCUCAGGAAGAUGGGAUUAUAUCAGAUCACGUGGCUUGCACUGUUGAAAUGGUCAAUACAACAGUUGACUAUGAAAUUGCUGUAAUAGAUGAGAUCCAGAUGAUCAGAGAUUACAACAGAGGCUGGGCUUGGACAAGAGCAUUGUUGGGAGUCAAUGCAGAUGAGAUACAUUUAUGUGGAGAAAAAUCAGCAAUACCUUUAAUCAAAGACCUACUGGCAGAAUUAGAUGAAGAAGUGGAGGUGAAUGAAUAUGAGAGACUAACAGAUCUUACAAUUGAGAAUUCAGCAAUGGGCUCACUAGAAAAUGUACAACCUGGUGAUUGCAUUGUUUGCUUCAGUAAAAAGGCAAUAUAUGCCACUACUCAACACUUGGAAAAGCUUGGCCAUGAAGUAGCUGUUAUUUAUGGGAACCUACCCCCAGGAACUAAACUUGCUCAGGCAAAGAGGUUUAAUGAUCCAGAUGAUCCUUGUAAAAUAUUAGUGGCUACAGAUGCAAUAGGAAUGGGUCUCAAUUUGAGCAUAAGAAGAAUUGUAUUCCAUUCUUUAACAAAGAUGGAUAUUGGUGAGGAUGGUCAAAAAGUUUUCAGGAUGAUUGCUCCAUCACAAGCAUUGCAAAUUGCUGGCAGAGCAGGAAGAUUUGGCACAGAUUUUGAAAAUGGCUUUGUAACAACAUUGAUGGAAAGAGACCUCCACAAACUGAGGAGGUUAUUGAAUAGUGACAUCCCGGAAAUUGAGAAAGCUGGAUUGCAUCCUACAAGUGACCAGAUUGAAAUGUUUUCUUUCUAUCUACCCAAGCUUCGACUUGCAGAUUUAGUGGACGUUUUUAUUCACCAGUGCAGUUUGGAUGGAGAUCGUUUUUUCUUGUCUGAUAUGGAAACUUUCAAAGAGCUAGCUGAGCUCUCAGCCCAUAUUCCCUUAGAUUUACGUGUGAAGUAUGUGUUUUGUGUGGCACCUAUCAAAACAGAGGACAAGAUUCUGCUUUCUUUUUUCUUGAGGUAUGCUCGACAAUACAGCCAUGCAGAACCAGUGACUGUGAAAUUCAUAAAGAAAACACUUAACUGGCCUCUUUCUCCUGCAAGAACAACAGCUAUGAUAAAUAAUUUAGAGUCCGUGUAUCAAGGUCUUGAUUUAUACCGUUGGUUUGGCACACGAUUUCCAGACAUGUUUCCAGAUAGUGAACAAAUCAAAGAGAUGCAGGAUGAAAUAGACCGCCUAAUAUUGGCAGGAGUGAAAAAUAUAACAGUUUUACAAGAUGCAAGUGACACAGAAGAGACUAAGGUUGAGAAAUCACCUAUGUACAAAAAAUGGAAAUCUGCCUUACAAGUAAAAGAAAAGUAAAAAAGUAAAUUUCCAAAUACAAAUCAAGAUGAUGUGAUAAACAUCUUGAAAAUUUUGCAUGAAAAUUUCACUGCAGAUAUUUUUAUAAUUAAUACACUUAAAAAUAAACUGGCCAUAUAUAAACGUGUUAAGUUUUGAUUGAUGA